GUUAUGUCACUGGGCGGAGCGUUAAAGAAUUACAUCCGCGUGCUCACUUGAAGUUGAGUUAGUAUCAUCCUACAUAAUAGAUAAGUCUUCCUGGCAGCCCCCUCCGAAAUUAAUGGCUUCACGAACCAGCUCGUAUCCAGGACAGCGAAAUGCGCGCAGAAAUUCAGAAUGAACUUGGAAAGCAGGCUGUUCGCGUCCGAUAUCCGAUAGAUAUCUGAAGCUUUUCCCUUUCCAAAGGAGAUCUCCCAGUUACGAUGAUUGUUUCCACUAGGUCAUUGGUCCCACAUAGUCAAUAUUAUUAUAAUUCUUGAAGCUUUGAAGCUUGGACGAGUGAUAUCGCAAACUCCCCUCAUGUGGCACACACCCAGGAUUGUCCUUCUACUGACUUCGGGAGUCAUCCCUGUUCUUGUGUUGUUUUCCAAAAGACGCAGGGCCCAAAAUUUGGAUGAUUUCCCGACUGUUGGCUGCUCCUUCGGCCCGUCUCGCUGUUUCAGCAACUUCUACGUAGGCGCAUCCAGAUUUCUCGUAGACGCACCAGGUGUACUCAGGGAGGGUUAUGAAAAGUAUGGUAAUAGGCCGUUCAAGGUCGCAACUAUGCUGCGCUGGACAAUAGUGUUCAGUGAUCCCAAGCAAACGAUGGAAAUUACGGAUGCUGCAGAAGAGGACCUUUCGUUUCGUGAGGCUAUGAAAGAUAUCAUGGGUGUUGACGAUACAUUAGAGAUUAACGCCGACAGUCCAGAUCAUGACCUUCUGGCCGAACUACUCAAGAGUCAUAUUGCUAGAAAUGCAACCAAAAUUUGCGGCGAAGUUCAAGACGAGUUGCUUGCAUCUCUCGAGAACGUUUUAGGAAACGAGAGUGAUGCAGAUUGGACCUCGAUCCCCGCUUUAAGCACCGUAAAUCGAAUAAUGAUGCAGACAUGGCAACGAUUCUUUGUUGGUUAUCCCCUAUGCCGCAAUUCCGAGUGGUGUUCCCUGGUGGCCAAGAUUCACAAGGAUGUAUCGAUCUUGAGCGUAAUCAGACGUAUCGUGCCAUCAUGGACAUUCCGAUUCUUUGCGAAAAUGGCUAGCAACCUCGAGGCAAAUGUUAAUCGCGCGACUAUGUUAUUGGGUCCUGUAGUGGAGGCUUGCAUCAGCGAAGUGGACGAAUAUGCUGUUCCAGGCCAGCAGAAGAUCGACUUCCUCGCGCGACUUGUAAAGCGAUCUACCGGUGAAGAUAGUCUGUUGAAAAACCUUACGACGCGUCUGCUUGGUUUCACCAUUGCGGUUGCAUCUACGCCCUCAAAUACCCUUACCCACGCCCUAUAUCAUUUAGCCACAAACCCUGAUUUUGCGCAGACAUUGCGGGAUGAAGUUGACCCCAUCGUCCAGCGCGAUGGGUGGAAUGUACAAUCCGUCGCAAAUAUGAGAAAGAUAGACAGUUUCCUGAGGGAAAGCGCCAGGAUCAAUGGUGUAUCCUCUUUGGGAUUCUUCAGACAAGCAAUGCGUGAUUUCUCGCUCUCCGAUGGCACAUUUCUCCCCAAGGAUUGUUUCAUAGCGGUCUCUUUGCCACCAUUUCACCGUGACAGCACAGCAUAUGAGGCCCCCGACGAAUUCAGACCUUUCAGGUUCUCGGACAAUCCGGAGCACAGCAUGAGCACUAUCUCGCCCCACUGGUUGUUUUUUGGCUACGGGAAACAUUUGUGUCCUGGGCGUUUCUUACUCACUCAUCAACUGAAAGUCAUGUUUGCGUACAUGGUGUCUGCCUACGACAUUAGAUUUGGCGAUGAAUGGACAUCGCGUCCUCCAAACUUCAUAUUUGGGGAGGGAGUCGUACCGAAUCUAUCUGCGCAUGUCUCAUAUAGAAGACGGCAGGCACGCUGAUUAUUAAAUGUAGUUCAUGUCAUUCUUCUUUGAAUUUCGAGGGUGAAAGGAUACGUAGUAGCUUCCAGGUCAAUAAUGAUAGUACAAAAUGAGAAUAGAAUAUGUCAGUAAGAUAGCAUGGUCGAAUACAUGUCGUGAAUGAUCAUGAGCUGUCAUCAGUACGGUGGUCGAACCAUACAACGUCAGACUGAACUAUCGAUCGCGU